GUGAUUGUUUGACAUUUGAUCUGCAAUGUCAGAUCUAAGAGUUCCUGGACGUUUAAUUGAACCCUUGAAAAGUUGUGUCGGCGUUACGUUAGUUACGUCUAAUUCUAAUCAUACAUUGAUUGAAGAUACUCUUACCAGUAACCCGUGCAACAUUGAGAACUAUCAAUUGAUUUAUGGAUUAUCGAGGUAAUCUGAUUAAUGGAAAUGUAUUUAUGUAAAGAAGAAAAAUGAGUAAUUCGAACGAAACGAAAUCGGUAUCUGAAUUGAUGUCGGAACUGCCAAUUGAUAUGCAGUUCAAUGAAGGCCAUUUAUUAAGUAUUGUUACCUACAGCAUCCUGAUGGUAAUUUCCAUCGCCGGAAACACGACAGUUUUGGUCCUUAUUAUCGAACGACGCAAAACAAAUCAGUCAAGAAUAAAUACAUUGCUGCUGCAUCUCGCGAUUGCUGAUCUGUUGGUGACUUUGUUGAUGAUGCCGCUAGAAAUUGGCUGGGCAGCAACAGUUUCUUGGCGUGCUGGGGAUUUAAUGUGUCGCAUAAUGGCAUUUUUUCGUGUCUUUGGAAUUUAUUUGUCGUCGUUUGUACUCGUCUGCAUUAGCAUUGACAGAUAUUAUGCAGUUUUAAAACCUAUGCAGUUAAUAAAUAUUGAUAGAAGAGAAAAGUUAAUGCUAAUAGGAGCUUGGGUCGGUGCUGUCUUAUGCUCAGCCCCCCAGACGCUUGUGUUUCACGUCCAGCGUCAUCCAGAUUUUCCCUGGUACGAGCAGUGCAUUACUUAUCACUUUUUAUUUUCAAAUGUCACUCAAGAAGUUGGAUACUCGGUUUUUUCCAUGAUCAUGAUGUACUGCUUCCCAUUGGUUGUAAUUAUUUAUACGUAUACCAGCAUUCUCAUUGAAAUUCACAGCAAGACGAGAGAAAAUUCAAAAGAUAAAAUACGAAGAUCAUCUAUCGGAUUUUUGGGACGAGCCAGAAUACGAACACUAAAAAUGACUAUUAUUAUUGUCGCUGUGUUUUUUAUCUGCUGGACUCCUUAUUAUAUUAUGAGUAUUUGGUACUGGAUUGAUAGACAGAGUGCCAGUAAAUUAGACCAAAAAAUUCAAAAAGGACUUUUUUUAUUUGCCUGUACAAAUUCUUGUAUGAAUCCAAUUGUUUACGGAGCAUUUAAUAUCCGUCGUAAUACUCAUGUAAUAAGAACAACUCGGAGAAUUGUAACGGUAGACAAAAAGAAGCAAACAACAUCACAAGUUAUUUGUCGUGUGUCGUGGCAUCAAAAUCUUUCACAUUUAAAGCAAUCGACUUGUAUACCACUCGAAAUUGUUCCAAACAAUGAUAUCAAUUUAGAUAUUGUCAACUGCCCGUAUAUAAAUGAAAAUAAAUAA